CCAAACCCAAACCCAAACCCAAACCCAAACCCAAACCCAAACCCAAACCCAAACCCAAACCCAAACCCAAACCCAAACCCAAACCCAAACCCAAACCCAAACCCAAACCCAAACCCAAACCCAAACCCAAACCCAAACCCAAACCCAAACCCAAACCCAAACCCAAACCCAAACCCAAACCCAAACCCAAACCCAAACCCAAACCCAAACCCAAACCCAAACCCAAACCCAAACCCAAACCCAAACCCAAACCCAAACCCAAACCCAAACCCAAACCCAAACCCAAACCCAAACCCAAACCCAAACCCAAACCCAAACCCAAACCCAAACCCAAACCCAAACCCAAACCCAAACCCAAACCCAAACCCAAACCCAAACCCAAACCCAACCUCCACCAUUAUAAUAACUUCCAAAUAAAUAUUAUUCCAAUUCCGAAACAUCUUCUAAAUAAUUCCAAUCAAUAUAUAUUUUUAAAAUUAUUAUGA